AUGGAAUCUGAUACGCCUGGAGAGGGACCUGAUAAGCCACAGGUUCCCACGAACGGCCUGAGCGCAGACGAACAGCGAAAAGCGGCAGUUCUGAUCCAGAAAACCUACAAGGGCCACCGUACACGCCGCCAACUGAAGGGGUUCGGUCUUGAUGCUUCUACGAGGUGGUAUGAGGCUGUGAGAGACGCGCAAUACCGUGCUGUCACUACCCCGAGACCACCUACCGCUGCAGACGAUCAAAUUUCUUCGGAUGCUCAUGAAGAUGGAAGCAAUACGGGUACAUCGCCAGCCCGAACGAAAUGGAACAAAGCGGCCAAGAUUGCGAUACGAGCGAGUGCGGACGACCGCUCACCAGACACAUCGGGAUCUUCGUCGGACGAUAUCGACGAGCCAGGUUCCGCUCCCUCUCAUACGGCAUCGCACAAAGAACGAGAUGAGAAGGGAAAGACUGCCAAGAUGAUGGAUCUACAGUACUUUCUCGAAAUGGUAGACCAAAAGCAUCGAUAUGGCAGUAACCUACGCAAAUACCACAAUUACUGGAAGACCCAAGAUACAGAUCAGAGUUACUUCUACUGGCUAGAUCAGGGUGACGGCAGAGACGUGGAUCUCCCAGAAUGCAGCAGAGCACGACUCGAUUCUGAACAGGUUCGGUAUCUUUCUAGGGAAGAGCGAAUGAACUAUCUGGUCAGAGUCGACGACCACGGCCGUCUCGUCUGGGCCAAGAAUGGACAGCGUGUAUGGACCAAGGAUGAACUCUACAAGGACAGUGUCAGCGGUAUUGUGCCGGUCUCGGACCCAACACCGAAGUUCAAGUACAACGUGCCGCCAAGUAGUGCAAAUGAUUCCGACACAAUUUCUUCAGACGAAUCAGAAGAGGACACUGAGGAGGAAAAUGCCGCUGGAGAUGAGGGAGAUCGGUAUGUCAAUGAAGAGUUCCAUCGAGCAAGAGGUAUAUCCAAGAUCAAGCAUGUGAGCGCCGCCGUCUUGUUCAACCAUAUGAUCAGAACGAGCCUCAAAAAGGGCCACAAAUGGAUAUUUGUAAACACGUCGUUCCGCUUGUACAUCGGAUAUAAGCAAUCGGGAGCAUUCCAACAUUCCUCAUUCCUACACGGAUCACGUAUUUUGGCCGCUGGUUUGAUCAAGGUCAAGGACGGCCAACUAAGGAAGUUGUCCCCAUUGAGCGGACACUAUCGGCCACCAGCAGCCAAUUUCCGAGCAUUCGUGCACAACCUUCGUGAGCAGGGAGUGGAUAUGUCUCGUGUUUCAAUAUCUCGGAGCUACGCUGUUCUUGUCGGCCUCGAGAGCUAUGUCCACGCACGAAAACGCAUCAAAACUGCCCAGGAGAAGGUGCAUCACGAGAAAGACAAAUUGAUACACCCAGACAAGGUGAGGCUCGAGGAAGAUGCCAAACAGGACAAGUCGGAGAGCGCGAAAAAGGAGAGGGUCUACCUCCAACAGCAACAGGAGGCUCACGAACGCGAAUCACGAGAACGGAAAGCUCAGGGGAGCGUCACUGGCAGGCUAACCCGGGCAUUGGGAAGCCUCCAAGUGCGAGAGCAGAGCAUGACUGACAGCACGGAGAGGGAGGGCGGCCCCAAACGGGUUCCAGGGACAGGGCCAGAGGACGGCGUACCUGCGCCGGAUGGAGAGCGAUGA